CAAAGGGCUUAUUCUGAUUGGUUAAAGAAAGCCGGAUGGCUGGCUAGGGGUUGAUGAUCCUUCGUGAACGCCGACUAAUUUGUGUAUAUGAGGAAUAAAUAGGAUCAGUGAUGUGAAAUCCCUAUAAGGUUAACAAUUUUAAACUUCCAGUUUUUAUUUUAUUUAGCAAAGCGUUAAUUUAGAACUGUGAGAAUAUCUUGUGGAAGAUUACGGUUGAGCACCCCCUAGUUACGUAAUGGGUUAGCUUAUCAUUACUGUACAGCGGAAGGAGGAGGACGUCAAUAUACAACAGCGUAUUUAUCCCAACAGGAGAAAUCCAUACUAUGUGGCUACCUAGUUAACUACCAAGUAAAAAAUCCACGACACAAUGCAAGCAUAGAUGACAACCCACCCCUCUAAACAGACCAACCACUUCAACUUUUAAACAAUUCUCUCAUCCAACAUCCCAGUCCUCUCUUCAAUGCCUAACAGUGGGGAUAGUUCAGGACCUAAUGUAUCUGGGAGUCAGCCAGGCGACCAGGCUACGCCCUUGUCCCAGCGACCCCCGCCCCCGGACAGAGAGGAUGCGCAACGCGGCAUGCUGACCACUCUCACCCGAGACUCCCUGAGGACCCGGAGAGCCUCCAGCGCUGAGAUCCAGCUCCCAUGGACCUGCCCCGUCACUCACUCCAGAGAGAAGUUCUACACGGUCUGCUCAGACUACGCCCUCCUCAACCAGGCUGCCUCUCUCUACCGGCUCCCCAGCACCCCCAGGGAGGUGGCCCACAGCAAGCAGGAUGGCAGCGGGGCCCCAUUAGUGAAGUCCAACACUGUGGACCUGUCUCAGGGUCAGGGGCAGCAUGCAGGUGUAGAGGAGGCCUCAGACGAAGACUUUGAUAUGGAGGGAGUGUCCUGCAGCAACACCAAGCCUAUCCUGGCUUGGGAGAUUGAUACCACUAACUUUGACGCUGUGCUAAUUCGAAAGCCCAGGACAAGCAACAUAAAGAGAGUCGGUACUAAGAAGAUGAAGUCUUCAGGGGGCAGUAGGAACCUGCAGGACCUUCCUCUCCACGCCUCGCAGGAUGAGAUCAAACAGAGAAAAGUCCUGGACCUCAGGAGAUGGUACUGUAUCAGCCGUCCCCAGUACAAGACGUCAUGUGGGAUAUCUUCAUUAGUUUCCUGCUGGAACUUUCUGUACAGCACACUAGGAGCAGGGAGUCUCCCACCCAUCUCCCAAGAGGGGGCUCUUCAGAUCCUAGGCUUCCAGCCUCCUUUUGAGGAGAUCAAGUUUGGUCCCUUUACAGGCAACGCUACCCUGAUGAGAUGGUUCAGGCAAAUCAAUGACAAUUUCCGUGUCCGAGGAUGUUCCUAUAUUCUGUACAAACCCCACGGGAAACACAAGACAGCAGGAGAGACUGCUGAGGGGGCGUUGUUGAAGUUGACCCAGGGCUUAAGAGAUGAAACCAUGGCCUACAUUUACCACUGUCAGAACCACUACUUCUGUCCCGUGGGCUUCGAGGCCACACCUUUCAAAGCAGCCAAAGCCUACAGGGGUACAUUACCAACUAAUGAACUGGAACACUGGAUUCUGAUUGGUGAACCAAGCAGGAAACACCCUGCUAUUCACUGUAAAAAGUGGGCGGAUAUCGCCACAGAUCUCAACACACAAAAUCCAGAAUACCUUGAUAUUCGUCACACGGAGAGGGGAAUUCAGUGCCGUAAAACCAAAAAGGUGGGUGGGAAUCUUCACUGCAUCAUGGCCUUCCAGAGGGUCAACUGGCAGAAGCUAGGCCCCUGGGCCCUCAACCUGGAGAACCUGAGGCAUGACCUCCACCAUCAGGGGUCUGAGAGGGCCCAGGGGGGCUUAGCAGAGGUCCAGGAGGACAGGGAGAAGACCUCAGGAAAACACCAGGCUUUGGCCCGGCUAGGCCGCUCCAACAGCACAGGUACCAGUAACCAGAAGGACGUAGCUUGGAAACACCUGUCUAACACCACAGAGUACAGACACAGGAGCUCACCUGAGAGCGACGUCGAAGAAGAUGCCACAGAUGACUGAGACUCAAUGAGAAGGCUGUGAAGUUAGUGCUGCUAAAAUAUACUGGUUAGUAUCUCAAACGUUCUCAUAGUUUUUCACCAAAAAAGAGAGCCGAAGUGUUAUUUUACCCCGUCUAGCGUCAUCCAGAUUCCAUCAAGGAUUUUGCUUGAUUAUUUGUAAUGAAAACUUAGUACAACAUACAAGUCGAUACACUUUAGUGUAAAAGCUACGUUUAAUCGUCUAGCAAUGUAUAGAGGACUGCUGCUAUUAAUCAGAAUGUCUGAUAACAUUGCAUUUAAAAGCCAUUUAAGAAAUAGGAGAAUAAGAAUACAAAUCAAUUUAUUAUACGCUUUAAAGUGAGUGUGUUGGUUUGCGAAUGUGACUGAAAUCCAGUGACUAUUGUAAGCCAAGUUUUUCUCAACUCCACGAUGCACAUCACAUCAACGGAGUCGAGCGGAGACAACUGUGGGCAGACUGUACCUCCAACGAGUGGCUGUCAGUCGAUUAAACCCUUACCGUGUACCUAUGUUUGUCCUCUGUAGCUGUCUUUUUAAAUUCCUUACCGUGUACCUAUGUUUGUCCUCUGUAGCUGCCUUUUUAAAUUCCUUACCGUGUACCUAUGUUUGUCCUCUGUAGCUGUCUUUUUAAAUUCCUUACCGUGUACCUAUGUUUGUCCUCUGUAGCUGCCUUUUUAAAUUCCUUACCGUGUACCUAUGUUUGUCCUCUGUAGCCGCCUUUUUAAAUUCCUUACCGUGUACCUAUGUUUGUCCUCUGUAGCUGCCUUUUUAAAUUCCUUACCGUGUACCUAUGUUUGUCCUCUGUAGCUGCCUUUUUAAAUUCCUUACCGUGUACCUAUGUUUGUCCUCUGUAGCCGCCUUUUUAAAUUGCUUACCGUGUACCUAUGUUUGUCCUCUGUAGCUGCCUUUCUUAAAACUUCUUAUGGCUGCAAUCCCGUUAACGGGAUCGAUAUGACAACAGCCAGUGAAAGUGCAGGGCGCCAAAUUCAAACAACAGAAAUCUCAUAAUUAAAAUUCCUCAAACAUACAUGUAUCUUAUACCAUUUUAAAGGUAAUCUUGUUGUUAAUCCCACCAAGUGUCUGAUUUCAAAUAGGAUUUUCAGCGAAAGCACCACAAACGAUUAUUUUAGCUCACCGCCAAAUCACAGACAAACACAGUCAUUUUGCCAGCCAAAGAUAGCAGUCACAAAAAGCACAAAUAGAGAUAAAAUGAAUCAAUAACCUUUGAUCUUCAUCAGAUGACACUCAUAAGACUUCAUGUUACACAAUACAUGUAUGUUUUGUUUGAACAAGUUCAUAUAAAAAAAUCUGAGUUUACAUUGGCGCGUUACGUUCACUAGUUCCAAAAACAUCCAGUGAUUAGCCACAUCAUUCAACAGAAAUACUCAUCAUAAAUGUAGAUGAUAAUACAAGUUAUACACAUGGAAUUAUAGAUAUACCUCUCCUUAAGGCAACCGCUGGGUCAGAUUUCAAAAAGACUUUACGGAAAAAGCAAACCAUGCAAUAAUCUGAGACGGCGUUCAGAACAAUAGUCAAAUUAGCCGCCAUGUUGGAGUCAACAGAAACCAGAAAUUACAUGAUAAAUAUUCCCUUACCUUUGACGAUCUUCAUCAGAAUGCACUCCCAGGAAUCCCAGGUCCACAAUAAAUGCUUGAUUUGUUCGAUAAUGUCUGUUAUUUAUGUCCAAUUAGCUACUUUUGUUAGCGCGUUUGGUAAACAAUUCCAAAGUCACGAAGCGUGUUCACUAAAACCUAACGAAAUGUCCAAAAAUUCCGUAACAGUCAGUAGAAACAUGUCAAACGAUGUAUUGAAUCAAUCUUUAGAAUGUUGUUAACAUAAAUCUUGAAUAACGUUCCAACCGGAGAAUUACAUUGACUUCAGAUGAGCGAUGGAACGGAGCUCCCUCAUGUGAACGCGCAUGGUCAAAGAAUGGUCACCUUAUGGCAGACGUGACUAAUUGUCCUCUCAUUCGGCCCCCCUUCACAGUAGAGUCAUCAGACAAAGUUCUACAGACUGUUGACAUCUAGUGGAAGCCGUCAUUCAUAUCUUGCUGUAAUUUCAAUGGGAUCUUGGUUGAAAAUCGACCAGCCUAAUAAUUUCCACUUCCUGUUUGGAUUUUUUCUCAGGUUUUUGCCUGCCAUAUGAGUUCUGUUAUACUCAAACAGUUUUAGAAACUUCAGAGUGUUUUCUAUCCAAUACUAAUAAUAAUAUGCAUAUAUUAGCAACUAUGACUGAGGAGCAAGCCGUUUACUCUGGGCACCUCUGUGCACCUUUCAUCCAAGCUACUCAAUACUACCCCUGCAGCCACAAGAAGUUAAUUCUUUACCGUGUACCUAUGUUUGUCCUCUGUAGCCGCCUUUCUUAUUUCCUUACCGUGUACCUAUGUUUGUCCUCUGUAGCUGCCUUUCUUAAUUCCUUACCGUGUACCUAUGUUUGUCCUCUGUAGCUGCCUUUCUUAAUUCCUUACCUUGUACCUAUGUUUGUCCUCUGUAGCUGCCUUUCUUAAUUCCUUACAUUGUACCUGUGUUUGUCCUCUGUAGCUUCCUUUCUUAAUUCCUUACCGUGUACCUAUGUUUGUCCUCAGUUACUGCCUUUCUUAAACCCCUAUCUUGUACCUGUUUGUCCUCUGUAGCUGCCUUUCUUAAACCCCUACCGUGUACCUAUGUUUGUCCUCUGUAGCUGUUUGUAGCUGUGUGCCUUUCUUUGUUUGCUGAUAUCCGUACUUUUUAAUAAAACCUUUAUCCAAUACAACCACAGACUGUUUCCUUGUAUCGACCGACAGCGACUCCGCCCACAGUUGUCGCAAAAAAACUCCACUGAGAUGUAGAGUUGAGAAACCCAGCUACAGUAAAACUAACUACAGAAACAACCAUGGUAGAGUUGAGAAACCCAGCUACAGGAAAACUAACUAAAUAAACAACCAUGGUAGAGUUGAGAAACCCAGCUACAGGAAAACUAACUACAGAAACAAUGAUGUACAUAUGGUAGAGUUGAGAAACCCAUCUACAGUAAAACUAACUACAGAAACAACAGUGGUAGAGUUGAGAAACCCAGCUACAGGAAAACUAACUACAGAAACAACCGUGGUAGAGUUGAGAAACCCAGCUACAGGAAAACUAACUACAGAAACAACCAUGUACAGUCGUGGCCAAAAGUUUUGAGAAUGACACAAAUAUUAAUUUCCACAAAGUUUGCUGCUUCAGUGUCUUAAGAUAUUUCUGUCAGACGUUACUAUGGAAUACUGAAGUAUAAUUACAAGCAUUUCAGAAGUGUCAAAGGCUUUUAUUGACAAUUACAUGAAGUUGAUACAAAGGGUCUAGAUUUGCAGUGUUGACUCUUCUUUUUCAAGACCUCUGCAAUCCGCCCUGGCAUGCUGUCAAUUAACUUCUGGGCCACAUCCUGACUGAUGGCAGCCCAGUCUUGCAUAAUCAAUGCUUGGAGUUUGUCAGAAUUUGUGGGGUUUUGUUUGUCCAUCCGCAUCUUGAGGAUUGACCACAAGUUCUCAAUGGGAUUAAGGUCUGGGGAGUUUCCUGGCCAUGGAGACAAAAUAUCGAUGUUUUGUUCCCCGAGCCACUUAGUCAUCACUUUUGCCUCAUGGCAAGGUGCUCCAUCAUGCUGGAAAAGGCAUUGUUCGUCACCAAACUGUUCCUGGAUGGUUGGGAGAAGUUGCUCUCGGAGGAUGUGUUGGUACCAUUCUUUAUUCAUGGCUGUGUUCUUAGGCAAAAUUGUGAGUGAGCUCAUUCCCUUGGCUGAGAAGCAACCCCACACAUGAAUGGUCUCAGGAUGCUUUAUUGUUGGCAUGACGCAGGACUGAUGGUAGCGCUCACCUUGUCUUCUCCGGACAAGCUUUUUUCCGGAUGCCCCAAACAAUCGGAAAGGGAAUUCAUCAGAGAAAAUGACUUUACCCCAGUCCUCAGCAGUCCAAUCCCUGUACCUUUUGCAGAAUAUCAGUCUGUCCCUGAUGUUUUUCCUGGAGAGAAGUGGCUUCUUUGCUGCCCUUCUUGACACCAGGCCAUCCUCCAAAAGAUCCCCGAUCCCGCAGCUGAAUCAACUUUAGGAGACGGUCCUGGCGCUUGCUGGACUUUCUUGGGUUCCCCGACGCCUUCUUCACAACAAUUGAACCGCUCUCCUUGAAGUUCUUGAUGAUCCGAUAAAUGGUUGAUUUAGGUGCAAUCUUACUGGCAGCAAUAUCCUUGCCUGUGAAGCCCUUUUGUGCAAGCAAUGAUGACGGCACGUGUUUCCUUGCAGGUAACCAUGGUUGACAGAGGAAGAACAAUGAUUCCAAGCACCACCGUCCUUUUGAAGCUUCCAGUCUGUUAUUCGAACUCAAUCAGCAUGACAGAGUGAUCUCCAGCUUUGUCCUCAUCAACACUCACACCUGUGUUAACGAGAGAAUCACUGACAUGAUGUCAGCUGGUCCUUUUGUGGCAGGGCUGAAAUGCAGUGGAAAUGUUUUUUGGGGAUUCAGUUCAUUUGCAUGGCAAAGAGGGACUUUGUAAUUAAUUGUAAUUCAUCUGAUCACUCUUCAUAACAUUCUGGAGUAUAUGCAAAUUGCCAUCAUACAAACUGAGGCAGCAGACUUUGUGAAAAUUAAUAUUUGUGUCAUUCUCAACUUUUGGCCACGACUGUACAUAUGGUAGAGUUGAGAAACCCAGCUACAGUAAAACUAACUACAGAAACAACGAUGUACAUAUGGUAGAGUGGGUCCCGUGUGGUCCCGUGUAGGCUCAGUUGGUAGAGCAUGGCGCUUGCAACGCCAGGGUUGUGGGUUCAUUUCCCACUGGGGGACCAGGAUGAAUAUGUAUGAACUUUCCAAUUUGUAAGUCGCUCUGGAUAAGAGCGUCUGGUAAAUGACUUAAAUGUAAAUGUAAUGUAAAUGUAGAGUUGAGAAACCCAUCUACAGUAAAACUAACUACAGAAACAACCGUGGUAGAGUUGAGGAACCCAGCUACAGGAAAACUAACUACAGAAACGUGCAUCAGUGGGUACAGUUGACAUUGUGAUGUCCUGUGAAACUAUGUUAUGUGUAGACGUUCUUAUUCCCAAAGAAAAAACCUGAGAAAUCGAAGUCGACGGAUGCUCGUCACCUACCAAGAGGUAGAGCUUUAUCUCUGUGUUGUUAUUGAUGUCCAACGUGCGAGACAAAGGAUAAUGAGUGCACGCUUGUUUCCAUGUUGUGUCUAAAGCCACUGGUAUUGACUAUAUUUACUCAGUGCCACGCACACUACACACACACACACACACAGCCCAGGGCUACAAACAUUCAUUAUACCAUGCCAUGUCAUCCAUGGGUUUGCCCCAAAAUUACAUCGCCUGCAGUGUUUUACCUGACUUAGCAAACUAUCUGUUAGUAUCUCCUGCUUAGAUCUCCCUGCUCAAACAUCUGUGUUCUCGUGUUUAGACUUAUCCCAACACUACUGUAAAAUGUAUCAUUAUUUAUUCAUGUGGAUUAGAUUGACUCUUUUUUUCUUAAUAAAUAACAAUUUAUAUCAACUCA